AUGCGUGCUGAACAAACCCUCCUCGCAUUCAACUCCCUAUUCGGCGCAGCCACGGCACCAUUUGGAUGUGGUGAAGUCAAUGUUUUUUACACUGGUUUACCAGGACGUCAUCAGUAUGUUACACAGCAAGGCUACGAUGCCAAGCUGGUAGAGGAACAAAUCUUUAACCACACACGUGAAUUGCGCGAGGCUGGAUAUAACGUCCGGGCUGUUUGGCGAGGACCCGAGAUGCCACCAAAUGAGUUCGUUGACCAGAUGAAGGGUGUUCACUGGCACGCCGCUGGUAUUGGCUUUGGAGUAAGAGGAUCACAGAUCCCAGAUGUCAUUGGUCUUUUCGAAGAAACCAUCGACAUCUUUCGCAAAGAAGCUCCUGAUGCCAAGUAUGUCUUUAACUACAAUCCUCUCACGUUCCUGUGGUCCGUCAAACGAUAUUUUCCUCUGUCAAGCGAUUGUAAGGACCAGCCGGGCAAGGACUUGGUAAGUGGUAUCUCUUCUUAG